GGGUCUGAGGUCCUCCCCCUAGGAGCCAUUGGAAGAAAGGGAAGUUCCUGGCUUCUCAGCUGCACUGGGCAGGGCAGGGCUCCCGGGGCUGGGGAUACCAGAGUGGGCCGACUGAAAGCCUGAGCCCCUGGAACUGAGAUCAAGCUGCCUCCUUCCUCUGCAGCUGGGAUUGCUCUGUCUUCCUUUGAAGCUGAGAUCAUUCUGCCUUCCGGAAGCCAGCUCUGUGCUUGCAGGUCCUAGGUCACCCUGCUGCCUAGGAAGAGAAGGGAAAGACAUCUCCAUCUCUGGGAUCCUUCUUCCUCCUCAGCUGAGCCUGCAAAGGACCAAGGCUUGACCCAAGCAGGGAGCCUGGAACCAGAGGGAAUGGCCCCUGGGAGCUGCAGACCCCCAGCCCAGGAGUUGGUGACAUUCAAGGAUGUGGUUGUGGACUUCACCCCAGAGGAGUGGGGUCUCUUGAACCAUUCUCAGAAAGAGCUGUACAAGGAGGUCAUGGUGGAGAAUACCCGGAACCUGCUGUCCCUGGGACUGCCAGUUCUCAGAGAAGGUUUGAUCUCCCAUUUUGGACAAGGGGAAGCACCACGGAUGCAGGAGCAAGAAGACCUCAGAACCUCCUGUCCGGAUGGAGAGACGAGGCUUGAAAUGAAGGAUACUACUGUCAAGCUGAGCAUUUCUGUGGAUGAAUCCCAACAGCAGAGAUUCAGUAAUCAUGGUCACUGCAACCUCAAUUUGAAGGAAAUCUGUAACUCUGAUAUCAAGAAAGAGAAAAAACAAAAGAGUCACUGCGAAUUUGAUAAAGAUGGAAAGAGUUUUAGGCAAUGUUCAGUCCUAAUUCGCUGUAUGGAGAGGACCUCAGGGAAUGGCUGUUUGUGGGAUAGUAAAAGUAGGAAAUGCUUUACUGAACAGGUGGGCCUUGUUGAGGCUCCUGAGAAGCUUUCUGAAGUGCAGACUUAUCAAUGUAAUCAAUGUGGGAUGGCCUUCAGCUUGAAUUCAGACCUAAUUAGACAUCAGAAAAGUCACACUGGAGAAAUGCUUUAUAUAUGUAAUGAGAGUGAUAAAACCUUUAGUUGUAAUUCAAAGCUCAUCAACAACCAGAGAAUUCAAAAUGGAAAAAAAUAUUAUGGAUGUAAGGAAUGUGGUAAAGCCUUCAAGCGGCAGUCAUCCCUUGUUCACCAUCAGAAAUUUCAUACUAAUGAAAAGCUACAUAAAUGUAUGCAAUGUGAAAAGGCCUUCAGGCGACAGUCAUCCCUUAUUUCCCACCAGAGUAUUCAUACUAGAGUGAAACCUCAUGAGUAUCAUAAGGGUGGUAAAGCUCUCAGUGAAAACUCAUCCCUUAUUGUACAUCAGAGAAGCCACAAUGGAGAGAAACCUUAUGAAUGUAAUCAAUGUGAAAAGACUUUCAGACAGCGUUUGCAUCUUACUCAUCAUCAGAGAAUGUACAAUGUGGAGAAACAUUAUGAGUGUAAUCAAUGUAGAAAGACUUUCAGUUGCAGUUCUAAUCUUACUAAACAUCAGAGAAUCCACACUGGAGAGAAACCUUAUGAAUGCAGUCAAUGUGGAAAGGCUUUCAGAUGCAGUUCUAGUCUUGGUAAACAUCAGAGAAUCCAUACUGGAGAGAAACCUUAUAAAUGUAAUCAAUGUGGAAAGACUUUUGGAAGAAGUUCCAAUCUGGCUGUGCAUCAGAAAACUCAUACUGGAGAGAAACCUUAUGAAUGUAAUCAAUGUGGAAAGACUUUCCGACAGCACUAUAAUCUUUUGGAACAUGAGAGAAUCCACUCUGGAGAGAAACCUUAUGAAUGUAAUCAGUGUGGAAAGACUUUCAGAUGCAGCUCCAUUCUUGCUAUCCAUCGGAGAGUCCAUACUGGAGAAAAACGUUAUGAGUGUAAUCAAUGUGGAAAGGCUUUCAGAAGGAGCUCUGGUCUUGCUAUACAUCAGAGAAUCCACACUGGAGAGAAGCCUUAUGAAUGUCAUCAGUGUGGAAAGCCUUUCAGAUGCAGUUCUAGUCUUGCUGAUCAUCAAAUAAUCCACACUGGAGAGAAGCCUUAUGACUGUAAUCAAUGUGGUAAGACUUUCAGAGGCAGGUCAGGUCUUGCUAAACAUCAGAGAAUCCACACUGGAGAGAAAUCAUAAGAAUAUUUUCAAUGUGGAAAAACUUUCAGAGAGAGAGAAAGAGAGCUCCAAUGUUGCUGAACAUCAGAGGAUCCACGCUAGAGAAAAAGCUUAUGAAUGUAAUCAUCGUGGAAAGACUUUCAGAUGCAGCUCCAGUCUUGUUGACCAUGAGAGAAUCCACACUGGAGAAAUGUUAUGACUGUAAUCUAUUUGAAAAGACUUUUAGACACAGCUCCAGUCUUGCUCUGCAUCAGAGAAUCCACACUGGAGAGGAGCUUCAUAAAUGUCAUGAAUGUGGCAAAUCUUUUAGAGACCACUCAUCUUUUAUUGUAUAUCAGAGAAUCCACACUGGAGAGAAACCUUAUGAAUGUCAUCCUAGCAACAGUCCUUUCUUUCCCAUCUGAGAAGUCAUACUAGGUAGAAAUUUUAUUACUCUAAUGAAUGAGGAAAGACAUUCAUAUGGAUUACCGAACUUGUUAGACAUCAGAAAAUUCAUUCUGGGCACAAGCUAAAUAUGAACCUAAUGUGGGAAAACCUUCAGUCAGAGAUCAUCUCUUAUUUUGCACUGGAGAAUUAUAGUGGAAACCUUAUGAUGUGCUCAAUGUGGACAUGCCUUUUGCUGGAAGAAGGAAGUCCCUAGACAUCAUUAUAUUCACACUGGAAAGAAGUCUAAUAAAAGCAAUAAUUGUGGGAAAUCCUUUACGUGGAGCUCCAGCUUGGCUAUACUUUGGAGAAAUUAUACUGAAGGUAAAAACAUGGAUCUAAUUAACAAGGGGAAGACCUCUUGCUUCAGCACACACAUAAUUAGACAAACCCAAAUUUCAUACUGUUCAUUGAGCCCUAUAAAUGUAAUGAUUUUUUCCCUGAAAUGCUAUUGUUUUCCAGUAAUCCUCAAUAAUAGUCCAUAGCAUUCAUGUACCAUAACUGUACCUACCAGCCAUUCCCCAAUUGAUUGAUAUUCACCUGUUUCCUAUUCUUUGUUGAAACAAAAAUUAUGGUAUAAAUAUUUUAUUAAGCAUUGAA